AUGCCUCCCGUUUCAGACCGAAUCUUGCGGUUUCCUAGAUCUGAUCAGGCUGGGGAUUUUGUACUAGUCCAUGUCUCAUGUACCGGUCCUGCGCCGCUUGAUCUGAGGUUGACAGCUACCGAGGGGGAGUCACCCUAUAUUAGUUUAGUGAAACAAACACGUCUGAACGACCUUCAAGCCAAAAAUUACCAAGGAUCGGAUGAUGAAUGGUUCAAAACUGUCUCUCUUGUUCUGGGACAAUGUUCCACUCCUCCAGAUGAGCCUGAUUGGGCUACUGGAGUCGAAGCUUCGGCCAACAUAUCAGGCUCUGACGAAGACAACAAGGAAAUUGUGAUUACGAUACGCAAGCGAGUCCAAACCAUUACACAACGCCUUGGUGCUUUUAGCCUCCAGCAAAAUGAUGAACAAGCUGUCGAGCUUUUUGAAUGGACAGGAAUCGCUGCGGCUAGAGUCCAUAUGCUAGAGCAGCAAGUAUCCAGCCUGACUGGCCGUCAUCGCCUGGCCGAAGAUGCCAUGCAUAGGUUGAAUGAACAGCUUGAGGAGCUGAUACAUGCGAAGACUGAGCAUGAGAAUCGAUUGGUGGCCAAUUUUGUGCAGGUCUUGAACGAGAAAAAGCUUAAAAUCCGCAACCAGCAACGUCUUCUAGCCUCAGCCACUGUGGAUGCCACCAAAGUCUCCGAGGUACAAGCUAGCAUUCCCGAAGAGUCACAUGGAGCCGCCAAGGAGUCUCAUUCAGCAAAGAGAAGUGCUCCCAAGACGAGCGAUACCGAAGACUCUGAUGGGUUCGAAGGAAUGGAUAUUGAUCAAAUCAAGACCGAUCGAGGUGCCUCCAAUAAUCAAGACACCAAUGAUGAGGAACGUUCGAGCCCUCAUCCUUUAGACGGCGGACAAAACGAUAGCACAACGGAUGACGAUUCGUCACAGGCUGAAUCUGCCCAGCUGAAGCGGGUCUCCCCAGCGAGAGAUAUUGCGCCACCUCAAAGAGAUUUGCCAUUUGUCAAAAGAGCUAUCAAGAGGACUGCUCCAACCCCGCCCAGCGAAGAUGCCGAAGAAACUGCGGGAGAGACGGAUGAUGACGAGCUCUGA